UACGAUGUCCUCCAAGACACCGUUCGACCCCUCACCGUACUAACUGGCGGUUCGUGUGACUGGAAAGAAACAAACAACGCCUUGUCAGCGCCGAGAUGGUAUGCAUCAAACCAUGUUUUGCCCGACAACCGACAAAUCAUCAUUGGCGGUCGUGGUCAAUUCAACUACGAAUUUUAUCCCAAGAAUGACCAGACCAACAAACUGUUUGACCUUCCUUUCUUGCUCCAGACGAAUGAUCCAGAGGAGAACAAUUUGUAUCCUUUGGUCAUCCAAAAUGUGGAUGGCAAUUUGUUCAUUUUCGCCAACAAUCGGGCCAUCCUGUUAAAUUACAAUACUGGGGCUGUAGUCAAAACCUACCCCGCACUUCCUGAUGGUAAUCCAAGGUCAUAUCCGAGUACGGGUUCAGGGGUACUUCUGCCAUUGAAGAAUCUUCAAGGAAAAAUUCAGGCUGAAGUCUUUGUGUGCGGAGGUGCACCAAAAGGGUGUUUUAUGGGUGCAUUAAACACUUGUGGUAGGAUAACCAUAACCGACCCGAAUCCACAAUGGGUUAUGGAGACCAUGCCUUUGGCUAGGGUCAUGGGAGACAUGCAAUUGUUACCUAAUGGUAACGUCUUGAUCAUUAACGGGGCAGCUAAAGGAGCUCAAGGAUGGGAACUUGCUAAGGACCCGGUUCUUUCCCCGGUUCUUUACAAACCCGAUGCACCAUUGGGAGCUCGAUUUGAAGUGCAAACACCUGCAAGCAGACCAAGAAUGUACCACUCCACUGCAAUCCUGAUUCGCGAUGAUCGGGUCUUGGUUGGUGGUAGUAGCUCGCAUGGUGGUUACGUGUAUGUAAAUACACCUUAUUCCAGCGAUUUGAGUCUGGAAGCCUUCUCACCAGCCUAUUUGGAUUCGAGUUUUGACUUGUUACGCCCGCAAAUUGUACCCAAAUCGCAAUCUCAAAUUGCGUACGGGCAAAAAUUGAUGAUACGGUUCAUGGUUAAAGGGUUCUUAAACCCUAAGUUGGUCAGGGUGACAAUGGUUUCUCCAUCUUUUAUUACGCAUUCGGUUUCCAUGAACCAUAGACUGUUGGAACUUCCCGUGGCAAAAUAUCCGCUCCUCCCUAUCUUUAGAAAUCAUCAAAUUGCGGUAAAUGCACCAGCCAACAAAAAUAUAGCACCUCCAGGAUACUACAUGCUAUUUGUGGUUCACCAAGAUAUUCCUAGUGUUGGUAUUUGGGUCAAAUUGCAGUAA